AUAAACUUUGCCAAAGCCAACAAAAUGCAAAAUGGUAUCAUGAAAAUUUUGCUGCAGGGUGCUCUGUAUGAGCCAACACUAUGUUGACCAUUAACACUCUUUAUCCAACACGUUGUUGUUCAUUGCCUUUUCGAUUAAAGAAGACACUGUAGGGUUUUGAACUCGAAAAUUGUGAGACAGCACAAGGUGACUAGCCUUGAAAAUCACUGGAUAGAACAUGGCUCCAUCAGAUGUUUGUCUAUCCGAGGAUGCAGUUCAGGUAUUCAUAGAGCACUUGGUUGACCCGUUGCUGCCAGCAAAAGCAUCUGUCCAGGAUAAUCCCACACCAUCUCAACAGAAGUUAGUUGCAAAUCAGGUGCGUUCAACUGUCUUACUGUACAACUACUACCAUAGGAAGCAGCACCCUGAGCUAGCAUAUCUUCCAUUUAAUGAAUUUUGCAAGUUGGCUGUGGUUUUGAGGCCACCUUUAUUAGCAUAUAUGCAAUUCAUGCAAAAUUUAAAUGAAGAAGAGCUCACUGAUGUAGAGAAGCAGCUAUCAUUGACAGAAAAAAUGAUUAUGGAAGCAUGUGAUGUGUGUAAAUGUUUGGAUGCAUCAAAGGAUGCUCCUAAUAUAGAGGGAUGGCCCAUUACAAAAGUUUCUAUGCUUUUAAUCGACAGUAAGAAGGAGAACUGCUUUUUGCUGUUUAGUUCCAUUACCAGUGGGGUAUGGUCUGUGAUUGAAAAAGGUCUGGACACCUCCAGUCAAAGUUCUCUGGUUGAAAAAGGUCUGAACACCUCCAGUCAAAGUUCUCUGGUUGAAAAAGGUCUGAGCACCUCCUAUCAAAGUUCUGAAGUUACAUCAGGAUCAAAACAGUACAAAAAGAGGAGAGUCAUUAAAAAGUCUGCACAAAAGGAAUUAAAAGUUGAUGAAGAUGUAUUUCUACAAGUUGGGUAUUCUGCUGUAAAGGAAGCCACAGGUAUCAAUAACACUGAUAUUAUGCUUUUGGAAAGUGGCACUGUCUAUUCUGAGAGCAAAGAGAAGGCAGCUUCUCGCUUUUAUAUAAUGCAGUGCUACCGGACGAUCAAUGAAGAAGUUAUUCAAAUUCCUCUCCAAGUUCUAAUUAAAAGCUUGCAGGGUCCUUUGGUCAGUAAGAGUUCUAGAAGUUGGAUGAUCACUUCAGUAAUCGAUUACUUCCAUGUGCUUCCAUACUCUGAAAUAAUCUCAAAGUGGAUUUCUAGAGGAGCAUUCUCAACUAGUUUGCAAGAUUCAAGGGUAACAGAGAAAAAUAUAAAGGUGAACACCCCUGAAGCAACAGACUUCUAUGUAAAUAAGGACACAUUUACUGCUCUUGAUAGUAAGCCAAACAGUGAUAAUAUUGAUUUACCGAAGCAGAAAGAGCACCAUGGAAGUUGUACACCUGCAUUAUCUUAUUAUAUCAAUGAGCCCAUAGAAAUGGAUGUGAAUGAAAAUUCAAUUUUCAAAUCUCAAAAUAAAGAAAAAUGUCAGUAUAUUAUUGGCAAUACUGUACAAGUUGGUGUAGAUCAAGAAAAAAACUAUCUAUCUCUGAAGUAUAAUUCUAAUGCCUAUGCAAGUGCUGUUAAGGCUUUAAAGGUUGAUUCAACAAGGAUGCUCAUUGCUGAAGGUGGAGUCAACAAUCUUGCUUCUUUGCACAAUAAUUAUGCCAAUGGACCCAAUACCUCAUCUGAAAAAGGCAUACUAGUUAACUAUACUCCGACUGCAAAUCAUUCUAACUCAGAUCUAGAGAAGCUCCAAAUUCUUUCAGAUUCAAAAAAGAUAUUAUCUCAAACUGCCCUAGCUGCUUUGAUACGAAAGAGGAAUGAAUUGGCCCUUCAGCAGCGCAAGAUAGAGGAUGAGAUUGCUGUUUGCGAUAAAAAAAUUCAGAGAAUGCUAACCGAUGGGGAAGACAACUUUAAAUUGAAGAUUGAAUCAAUUAUAGAAGGCUGUAAUGGUACAUGGGUAAGAAAUCAAGAAAGGACGAGUGAACAACAAAGCUUACCUUUUGAGAGGAAAAAAUUGUCAGAGGCUGUCUUUUUAACACAAAGUCCGUUCCAGGUGGAUUCAAAGCCAAUGUAAUUGUUAAAGGAGAGGACUUUCAGUGUUCAUUUGAGGGUAUCAUGGGUUCCAAUCCUCCUGAAGCAAGAGAAUCAGCUGCAGCUCAGAUGUUGACUCAUUUUAAAAAUAUGGCAAAAUUAGCCCAGUGAUUUUGGGAGCUUAGAAAUGGCAUGCUUCCCUUGUGGUUCUUGGUUUUCUCCUCUAUAAUGACAAUAUAAAGAAAACUGUAAUAAUUCGUAUGGUUAUUUUGUUAUAGACACAUUGAUGGAAUUAAUGACAAUUCUUCCAUUUCUGUUUAGUCUUGUUUGGAAGCACGGUGUGCAUGAAAUUAAUCAUGUCAAAUGCUAAAA